AAACACUUUCUCUUUUCUUUUCUUCUUACAGUACUCUUCUCAGGCAGAAGACCCCAACCCACCCACCUUCCUCACUGCAAAUAUGAUGAAGCAAUGUGCUUUCUUCUUCUCGCUUGUUUUCUUUUUCUUCCACUUCCCGGCAACCCUAGCCCAGCCAUCACAGGCUCCGGCGCCUUCUGGUCCCACCAACAUUACCCAGAUCCUCGAGAAGGCUGGUCAGUAUACCAUCCUGAUCAGGCUUAUGAAGAGCACCCAAGUGGCAGACCAGAUCAAUACCCAACUCAACAAUUCAAACCAGGGUUUGACUGUAUUUGCACCCACUGAUAACGCCUUCUCCACCCUCAAAGCUGGAACCCUCAAUUCCCUCACUGAUCAGCAGAAGGUUCAGCUGAUUCAGUUCCAUGUUGUCCCAAAUUUUCUCUCUAUUUCCCAGUUCCAAACUGUGAGCAACCCGUUGAGGACUCAGGCCGGAAACAGCAACAACGGCGAGUUUCCGCUGAAUGUCACAACUUCAGGCAACCAGGUCAAUGUAUCAACCGGAGUUGUGGAUGCCACUGUGGCCAACACCGUCUACACAGACAACCAGCUUGCAGUUUACCAGGUGGACAAGGUUCUUCUCCCUCUCGACAUCUUUGCAACACCUUCUCCCGCAGAGGCACCGGCGCCAGCAAAGUCUAAGAAGAAAGCUUCGGCAGAUGCUGCAGACAGUCCAAGCUCAGAUGAUGCUUCAUUGGACAGCUCUGAUGCAGUGAGUUUGAUGAGGCGUGCGAUGGGAGUGUCCUUUGGAGUUGCUGUGAUAGUUGCAUUUUGCUUGUAACGAAGGAGGAUUGAUGAUUUCACCAGUUGGAUACACAGUUGGUGAAUGGGGUCCAAUUCUUCUAGUAGUUCAUUAUUUUGCCGAGUCAGAGUGAAUUGAUGGUGAUGAUGGAGGCGGUGAGUGCUUGGGAAUAACUGCAAUUUGUCUCAGUUCCAUUGUAUAAUGCCAGUUUGUGAUAAGAACCAGUUCUGUGAUUUUUCUUUUUUAAUUUUCUUCUCAUUCUUUGCUUCCUCUUUUUCUAUGACAAAUUUUGUAUUAUUUUCAUUGCUGAAACGAAAAGUGUCAUUUCGUCUGAA